UCACAUUGCUAUAGUCUCCUUUUUGAGGUUGUUUUCUUUCUGGAAGACGAGGGAUGGCUAAGGGCGGCUAGAUCACUGGAAGAAACACCUACAUGGGCUGUUGCAGUUGUCUGCUUUGUGCUGUUAGCAAUUUCUAUUGUGAUAGAGCACAUCUUUCACCUAAUAGGGAAGCUACUGAAAAAGAGAAACAAGAAUGCUCUAUAUGAAGCACUUGAGAAGGUUAAAUCAGAGCUCAUGCUACUAGGUUUCAUAUCGCUACUGCUAACAGUAGGGCAGGGGCAGAUAGCAGAAAUCUGUGUAUCAAAAGCCAUUGCAAAUUCUUGGCAUCCAUGCGACAAAAAGCAAGAAACGAGCAAGUAUGGAGUGGAAAAGGAGGUUGGUUUGGAAGAUAAUGGCAGCCGAAGAAGGCUGUUAGAUGCUUAUUCUGACUAUGUUGAGACUCAGAGACGCGUUCUGGCUGGAUCAGGAUAUGACAAAUGCUCGAAAAAUGGAAAGGUUCCAUUUAUUUCCUACGAUGGCAUCCAUCAGUUGCAUAUAUUCAUCUUUGUGCUGGCUAUUUUUCAUGUUCUUUGCAGUCUAAUCACUUUGGCUUUAGGCAGAGCUAAGAUGAGGAAAUGGAAGGCAUGGGAAACAGAAACAACAACACUUGAAUAUCAGUACUCACACGAUCCAGAGAGAUUCCGAUUUGCAAGAGAGACCUCUUUUGGAAGAAGGCAUUUGAGCUUUUGGAGUCGAUCUACCAUCCUUCUUUGGGUGGCAUGUUUCUUCCGGCAGUUUGUCAGGUCAGUCGCGAAGGUGGACUACAUGACUCUGCGCCACGGGUUCAUUAUUGCACAUCUGGCACCUCGGAGUCAGACAAAAUUCGAUUUCCAGAAGUACAUCAAGAGGUCGCUUGAAGAAGAUUUCAAAGUCGUCGUAGGUAUCAGCCCUCCCGUCUGGUUCUUUGCAGUUCUGUUCCUGUUGUUCAACACCCACGGAUGGCAUUCUUAUCUAUGGCUACCAUUUCUUCCCCUCAUUAUUAUCUUGCUGGUCGGAGCAAAACUACAGUUUAUCAUCACUAAAAUGGGACUAAGGAUUCAAGAAAGAGGGGAGGUUGUAAAAGGGACUCCACUAGUUCAACCAGGGGAUGAGCUCUUUUGGUUCAACCGCCCACGCAUCCUACUUUACCUCGUUCAUUUUGUUCUUUUUCAGGUAAUUUCAAUAACUGCGUUCCAGCUAGCCUUCUUUGCUUGGGCUUGGUAUGAAUUUGGGGUGAGAUCUUGCUUCCAUCAGAAAACAGAAGAUAUUGUCAUCAAAAUAACAACAGGGGUACUGGUGCAAAUACUUUGCAGCUAUGUUACACUCCCACUCUACGCCCUAGUCACACAGAUGGGCUCUAACAUGAAGCCAACUAUCUUUAACGAAAGAAUAGCGAAAGCACUGCAUUCCUGGCAUCAGAAUGCGAGGAAGCAGAUAAGGAAGAAUCAUCACUCAGGUUCAGUGACACCAGUAUCUAGCAGGCCAACUACUCCACUCCACGGCUCGUCCCCUGUUCAUCUGCUGCGUUAUUACAGCAAUGAGCUCGACAGCGGCCCUGUUACUCCAAGAACACCCAAUCAGAGAAUUGAAAAUUGGCAAGCAGAACAGGAUGAAAUCUCAUGGUCACCCCAUGGUAGAACAGCUAAUGAGCUUGUUGAAAGAGAGAUGGAGACUAGAGAACAUGCAGGCUCUAUGACCUUACAGACUAACAACUUUCAACAUGAGAUCAAUGUAAAGGAUUUCUCAUUUAGUGGAACAUCAGCAGUUUGAAUACUAGCAGCUAAGCUGCAGUACUUGAUUAUUCUUGUCAUUUGGCUGGGGGAUAGGUCUCUUUUGUUUCUGGUUGCCCCAGGACUUCUUCUUAAUAGGGAAUGUGUAAGCAAAAUUCAAGAUCUUUCCUGUUUUUUUUGUGUAAGCAAAUUCAAGACCAUAGUAAAAGUCAUACAAGCGUGUGAGGGCACACGCUAUUUUUCAAAGUAUAAACUUUCUUGCUUUCCACUGUAUACUUGAUUCAAAUAGAAACCUAAUGCUUUCAUCAAAUCUUUAACCCAUUAUUAUGCUUUCUUGCAUCAGUGCAUGCAUGUGGAGUUUUCAAUCAUCAUGUUAUACAUAUAAGUACAGAUGUCCAACAAAUUACCAAUGUAAAGAAAAUAAAGAACCACAACUUACUCUGCUGCAUCAUGCCUGUGACUACGCCCUCCUGCAGCAAAGAUAUACAAUCUUAAACCCCAAGACACAACGAUCCAACAGUCACAAAGCGGCUAAAUUGAUUACAAAAAUCCAGUGCUCAAGAGAAAUUUCUAUUUCUCUAACGAAGGUGACAACUUUAGUAGCAAAUUGCUAGAAAUUUUUCAGAGCGAGAUCACUUCAUAGAAGAGGGCAAAGAAAAAAACGAGAUCACUUCAUAUUACCAAUGUAAAUUGAUCACUUCAUAUUAUCAAUGUUAAGAAAGAAACGAGAUCACUUCAUAUUAUAACAAACGAGAUCAUUGCAAAGUAGGUUUCAUCACAAACACCGAUAAGACCAUAGUAAAAGUCAUACAAGCACCGAACCAAAUCCUCAAGCUAUCAAUUCAAAUUCAAUGAUCAUCACCACCACGGAGGCGGAGGACAAGAUGCAGAGUCGACUCCUUCUGGAUAUUGUAGUCAGCAAGGGUUCGUCCAUCCUCGAGCUGCUUCCCAGCAAAGAUAAGCCUCUGCUGGUCCGGAGGAAUGCCCUCUUUAUCCUGGAUCUUCGCUUUGACGUUAUCAAUCGUGUCAGAGCUCUCGACCUCCAAAGUUAUGGUCUUUCCGGUCAGAGUCUUGACAAAGAUCUGCAUCCCACCGCGCAGCCUCAGAACCAAAUGCAAUGUCGACUCCUUCUGGAUAUUGUAAUCCGCCAAUGUCCUCCCGUCUUCCAGCUGCUUUCCGGCGAAGAUCAGCCUCUGCUGGUCCGGCGGAAUCCCCUCCUUAUCCUGUAUUUUUGCCUUCACAUUGUCGAUCGUGUCGGAGCUCUCGACCUCAAGAGUGAUCGUCUUCCCGGUUAAGGUUUUGACGAAGAUCUGCAUACCACCGCGGAGGCGUAGAACGAGAUGGAGCGUCGAUUCUUUCUGGAUGUUGUAGUCGGCUAGGGUUCUGCCGUCCUCCAGCUGCUUACCGGCGAAGAUCAGCCUCUGCUGGUCCGGUGGAAUUCCCUCCUUGUCCUGUAUUUUCGCCUUCACAUUGUCGAUCGUGUCGGAGCUCUCAACCUCGAGAGUGAUUGUCUUCCCAGUUAGGGUUUUGACGAAGAUCUGCAUACCACCGCGGAGGCGGAGAACAAGAUGCAGCGUCGAUUCCUUCUGGAUGUUGUAGUCGGCUAGGGUUCUGCCGUCCUCCAGCUGCUUACCGGCGAAAAUCAACCUCUGCUGGUCCGGCGGAAUUCCCUCCUUGUCUUGAAUUUUCGCCUUCACGUUGUCGAUAGUGUCGGAGCUCUCGACCUCGAGAGUGAUCGUCUUCCCGGUUAGGGUUUUGACGAAGAUCUGCAUCCCGCCGCGGAGACGGAGGACUAGAUGGAGCGUGGAUUCCUUUUGGAUGUUGUAGUCGGCUAAGGUUCUGCCGUCCUCCAGCUGCUUUCCGGCGAAGAUGAGCCGCUGCUGAUCCGGCGGAAUUCCUUCCUUAUCUUGUAUCUUCGCCUUUACGUUGUCGAUUGUAUCGGAGCUCUCGACCUCGAGAGUGAUGGUCUUCCGGUUAGGGUUUUCACGAAGAUCUGCAUCUUCAAUUAUGGGAGAAGAAUUGAGAAUUUUGUAUGCUAAAGAGAGAUUAAUAGGAAAAUUGAGAGAAUGCGAAGUGCUGAGAU